UUUCAGGAAAAAGUUAAAACUUCUGAUUAGGGUUUCUUAUAGUUCCUCGAAUUAGGAACAAAAUUACUUGGCUGUGCUGUUGGCAAUCCUCGCGAACAUGGACGAAGAAGUGGUGAAAAUUGGGGCCCGCGAAGAAGAUAAUUUUGUAAGAAGAAAAGAAGGAGCAAAUGGAAAUUUGAUCUGGAGACCUGUAAAUUGGUUUAGAAUGCUGAGUGACGAAUUGAGCUGGAGAUUUGUGUUGGCUGUGGUGAUUGUGUAUGGAAUCAAUCAGGGUACAAGUAUAGGAUUGUAUCGUGUUAGUGUACAGUACUAUAUGAAGGAUGUGCAGAAGUUGCAACCUUCUGAAGCACAAUUUUACUCUGGGAUUAUUCAAAUUCCUUGGAUUAUUAAACCUCUUUGGGGUCUUAUGACUGAUAUUGUUCCCAUUUUCAGAUUAAGAAGGCGCCCUUACUUCAUAUUUGCAGGUUUAGUUGGUUCCAUCUCCAUGCUAGUACCAGCAUUUAGCACAGACUUGUCUCUUGUAUGGGCCAUAUUGUCUUUUAUGACAGCAAGUGCAGGGGUUGCUAUAGCCGAUGUGACCAUUGACGCCUGUGUAACAGAAAACAGUAUAAGUCAUCCUUCUCUUGCUGGCGAUUUGCAGAGCUUGUGUGCAAUUAGCACCUCUAUCGGCCAGCUCGUUGGGUUUGCUAUGAGUGGCGUUCUUGUUCAUAUAAUUGGACCUAAGGGUGUAUUUGGAAUCUUAAGUAUUCCUGCUGGGAUGGUGAUUUUGGUCGGGAUGAUGUUGCAAGAACCCCUUGUCCAUAGCUAUUCUCACAAGCGUGUUAGCCAAAAGUUUCUUGACGCUACUAAAACUAUGGUGACAGCUUUGAAAUGCCCGGAUGUUUGGAGACCGUGUUUGUAUAUGUAUCUGUCACUUGCGUUUGGGUUGAACAUUCACGAAGGAAUGUUCUAUUGGUACACCGAUGCAAAAGCAGGCCCAUCUUUUUCUCAGGAAGUGAUUGGAUCCAUAUUUUCGGUAGGUGCAAUCGGCUCGCUUUUGGGUGUUCUUCUCUACCAAAAUGUGUUCAGAAACCAUCCCUUCCGCCACGUACUAUUUUGGACCCAACUGCUGUUUGGUGCAUCAAGUCUUCUCGAUUUAGUGUUGGUUUUGCGUCUAAACUUACAAUUUGGCGUACCAGACUACAUCUUCGUAGUGAUGGACGAAGCUGUUUCUAAAAUGAUCGCACGUCUCAAAUGGAUGCCACUUCUUGUUCUGAGUUCCAAGUUAUGUCCUUCUGGAAUCGAAGGCACGUUCUUUGCUCUGUUAAUGUCGAUUGAUCACGUUGGGUUGCUCUCAUCCUCGUGGGCGGGAGGACUCUUACUCCAUGCACUGAAUGUCACAAGAACACAGUUCGACAACUUAUGGACAGUCGUAUUGAUUCGAAGCUUUGCAAGACUUUGUCCAAUUGGGCUUCUGUUUCUGGUUCCCAGAAAUGAUCCAGAUUCAUCCAUCCUUCCGUCUGAAUUGCUAUUGACUAAAAAAGGCGACGAUGUACUGGAGUCAGAGGAUUCGGAAAUGAUCUCUCUGGUUAACAAUCACGUAUGAUCAAAGGUGGGUUUGUUCGUCAUGAAUUGAAGUCCGGAGAUAAACAUGAAAAGAGAAGACCAGAAGUAUUAUUGACGACACCACCCUUCAAAACUAGCCAUGAACCAUCCAGCCGGGUAUGCGUGCUUGUUUGGACAUGUUCAAGUCAUGAUCCAAUUUGCAGACAAGAAGACACUGUUUGUUACAAGCAGCCUUCUUGUCUGCAAAUUCCUUGGCGUGUUUUAAUAUAUCGCUCUGAAUUUAAGAUUGAAAAUCAUUCAAUUACAUAUUUAACGAAUCAUAAAUUGUAUCAAUAGAUUCAUAAUUUUGUGUACCAUACCCCGAAAA